AUGAAAGUCGCUGUUGUGGCCCUUAUUUGCUUCUUCUUCUUGAUCGAUCCACUCGUUUCAGCCACCGAAGAAAAGGAAAAUGCACCAAUGAGUGUCCAAAAUGAUGUGGUCGACUUGUUCCGUCGUGCUGAUCGUCCAGCCUCUUGCUGCCCCGACUCUUGCAUUGGAAAUUGGAACAGAUUGCAAAUUGGCGGCCUCUUCAUGCAGAUAUGGUUUUUUGGGUGUGUAAAGAUAGCGGUUUUGGAUGGAGGAGUUGAUAGAAUGGGUAAUUUCUAUGACGAAGAGCGUCAUAUCGGUUUGAUGAUGCGCGGAUGCGCACUUCUUCCAAUGGGAGGGAGU